UAAAAUACAUUUAAUUAGAAUGCGACAUUUAUAUUCAACAAUGAGUCAAUGUGGUUAAUGUUCAACUACCAUGGUAACAGAAAGAUCAUCGAGUGUAGUCUAACCGAUAAAAUGAGAUAUACUCCAUAACCCCCAUACUAAUUUAUGGGGUCAUUACUUUGUCAGUCAUAUAUUCACCAAUGGUUAAGCAUGUAGAUCAAUACAGACUUAAAAAAAAAACAUUUGCGGAUCGGAUGAAAUUACAAAAUACCUCUCGAUAGUAAAAUGGAAACCUAUCAGUUGUAUGAAGUAGCCAGCAUCAAUACCGGGAAAAGUCUUCAACAGGGUAUUGUUAAACAGGAUGAAGGACUGCGUAGACGCCCAACUUCGUGACCAACAGGCAGGAUUCCGUAAGGAUAGAUCGUGUACAGACCAAAUCGCAACUCUACGGAUCAUUGUGGAACAAUCAAUUGAAUGGAAUUCAUCACUCUACAUCAACUUCAUUGACUACGAAAAGGCAUUUGAUAGCGUGGACAGAACAACACUAUGGAAACUUCUUCGACACUACGGCGUGCCUCAGAAGAUAGUCAAUAUCAUACAGAACUCAUAUGAUGGAUUACACUGCAACAUUGUGCAUGGAGGACAGUUGACAAAGUCGUUCGAAGUGAAGACCGGUGUUAGGCAAGGUUGCUUACUCUCACCCUUUCUCUUUCUCCUGGUGAUCGACUGGAUCAUCAAGACAUCAACGUCUGAAGGGAAGCGCGGUAUACAAUUGACAUCUAAGAUGCAGUUGGAUGAUCUAGACUACGCAGACGAUCUGGCCCUUCUAUCCCAAACGCAAAAACAGAUGCAGGAGAAGACGAACAGUGUGGCAGCAGCCUCAGCAGCAAUAGGUCUCAAUCUACACAAAGGGAAAAGCAAGACUCUCCGAUACAACACAACAUACGCCAAUCCAGUCACAAUUGACGGAGAAGAUUUGGAAGAUGUAAAAACCUUUACAUAUCUGUGCAGCAACGUUGAUGAACACGGUGGAUCUGAUGCAGAUGUGAAGGCGCGGAUCGGCAAAGCAAGAACAGCAUAUCUACAAUUGAAGAACAUCUGGAACUCAAAGCAACUGUCAACCAACACCAAGGUCAUAAUUUUCAAUGCAAAUGUCAAGACGGUUCUACUGUAUGGGGUGGAAACCUGGAGAACUACGAAAGCCACCACACAGAAAAUACAGGUGUUUAUUAACAAUUGUCUACGCAAAAUACUUCAGAUCCAUUGGCCGGACACUAUCAGCAACAAC